AUGGCGAAUGUGAUCACUAAGAAACAAUUAAGAUCUACAAGUUUACCUUCAAGAUCGCAUCCAAGCACGAGUGCGAUCGAAGAAACUCUUAAUAGAAUUAAAACAGUUAACACCACGACGGGGUCAUCCGAAUCGAUCUUGAUGGGAUUGGCUGGUUUGGAGGAACUCUACAACUGUACGGAAGAGUUCCUGAAAAUGGGUUCAACACAACGGGUUAUGUCCUCUGCUGGGUCAGAGUUUAUGGAGGAAAUGCUUGAUGGUUCGUUGAGGCUGAUGGAUAUAUGCAACGUCUCGAGGGAACUUAUGGCGGAGACUCACGGGCAUGUUCGUGGUGUUCACUCAUGUGUUAGACGCAAGAAAGUAGUCGGAGGAGGAGAUCAACUUAUUGUCGCUGUCUCCGGCUAUGUUGGACUUAGGAAAAACAUGAGAAAACAAGCUAAAAAACUUCUCGGAUCUUUGAAGAAAAUCGAUGGAACGUCAGAUUCAUGUGAUAAUGAUCAUGCAGAUGAACAUCUUGUGGCGGUUAUAAGUGCAAUGAGACAAGUGGUAUCGGUAAGCGUAGUGGUGUUGAAGUCAUUUUUGGAACUCUUGUCCGGACGACAAAGUAAUAUAAAGAGCAAGUUGGCUUCGGUACUAAAGAAGAAAAAAGAGCAUCACGAGGCCAGCAAGAACGAGUUGGAGACAUUGGAUUCUGUAAUCUGCGGAGAUUCUUGCUCUCAUGAUGAUCUACAAAAGAAGCUUGAGGAGGUUGAGAUGAGCGUUGGUGGGUUCGAGAGAAAUCUAGAAGGGUUGUUUCGAAGAUUAAUAAGAACACGAGCCUCGCUUCUCAACAUAAUCUCUCACUAG